AUGUCAUUCCUCACCGUGAUCUCCGCCAUCUUUGGCUGGAUCUACACCAUCUGCUGGUCCCUCUCCUUUUAUCCGCAGCCCGUCCUAAAUUACAGGCGCGGUACUACCUCUGGCACCACUGUCGACUUUCCUUUCAUUAAUACCCUGGGCUUCAUCGCCUACUUCGUUUCCAACUGCGCGCUCUUCUACUCGCCCGUCAUCCGCGCCCAGUAUGCUGCGCGCCACCACGGCCUCCCCCCGGCCGUCCAGUUCAACGAUGUCGUCUUUGCCGGGCAUGCUUUGAUCCUCUGCAUCAUCAUCGUAUCGCAAUACCUGCCGGGCCUGUGGGGCUUUGCUCCCGCCCUCGGCCGCCGGCCCUCGCGCUUCAUCCUCGGCGUCGCCCUUGGCUGUGUCACCGGCGUCCUAGGCGUCAUAUUCCUCGUCGCCGGCGCGCAGGACACCAGUUCGGCCCCGCCCGGAUCCGACCCGGCGGCCACGGGCUGGGCGUGGCUCGACGCCGUCUAUGCCAUCUCCUACGUUAAACUCAUCAUCACCGUCAUCAAGUACACGCCGCAGAUCCUGACAAACUACCGCAACAAGAGCACCCAGGGCUGGAGCAUCGUCCAGAUCCUGCUCGACUUCUCGGGAGGCGUCCUGAGCAUUGCCCAGCUCGGCAUCGACAGCUACCUGCAAGGGGACUGGUCCGGCGUCACGGGCAACCCUGUCAAGUUUGCGCUGGGCAACGUCUCCAUGUUUUACGACGUCAUCUUCAUUCUCCAGCACUACGUGCUAUACCCCGACGCAGAGAGCAAGGCCCGCGAGACGGACAGGCUGCUGGAGAGAGGCGAGUCGGGUGGUCGGCUGUCCUACGACUAG